AUGAAAGUCUUCUCCUCGUUGUUUGCGUGCUUCGCCGCGCUAUCUUCGGUUGCUUCAGCGCUCUCCAUUACUUCAACCAAGAACUGGAACAUCACGAAUGAUGUGGAGGGCUCAGUGCGUCUUAAUGGGCUUGCUUUCCAACAACACGCCUUGACCACAUUCGGCGACUACCAAUACGUAGCAUUUUACAAAACUGCUUCUGGCUACGGCAAGCACUAUGUAAACGUCGGACGUCGGAAGAUCUCCCCUGCGCUGGGCGAGUGGCAGUACUUUGCAUUCACCGAUUACGUACAAACCACUCUGGAUGAACACAACACUAUCAGCAUGGGAAUCAGUGGCGACGGCAAGAUCCAUUUGAGUUUCGACCAUCACGAUGUACCACUCAAUUAUCGUGCGAGUAACACAGGCAUCGCCAAGACAAUUCCCUCUGAGUGGACCGCCAGUGCAUUUGGAGCUGUCCAGCACAGUCUGCCUGGUUCAACCGGACCAUGGACGCCGCUCACAUACCCUCGUUUCGAACGUCUCGAUAAUGGUGACCUACUCAUGGAGUUUCGUAUCGGACAGUCUGGCGCUGGUGACUCGUACAUACAUCGAUACUCUGCUACUACCGGACAGUGGAGCGCCGUUGGAAAAUACCUGCAAGGUCAAGACAACAAUGCGUACAUCAACGGUAUCAGCAACCAAGGUGGGAAGCUUUUCGUCUCAUGGACCGUUCGCGAAACACCGACGCCGAGCACUAACCACGAUUUCUACUUCGCCUUGUCGGAAGACGAUGGCAAGACUUGGAAGCAGACUAAUGGCCAAACCGUUGCAAAGCCCAUCACUCCGUCAACACCUGGUAUUAAAGUGUAUUCUAUCCCGCAAAACAGCGAGAUCAUCAACCAGGAAGCUCAAUGCGCCGACCAAAAGGGUCGUUUCCACGCCCUGAUGCGUGACAAUUCGACGGGUACAGCGCAGUUCUACCACUACCUUCGAAACCCAGAAGGCAAGUUUUCCAAGACUGCCAUCAAGACACCUGGUCUCUCAGCGCCACCCUACCUCGCCUACAGAGGAAAGAUCGCUGCCUCUGGUGACAACGUCAUUGCCAUCUUACCGGACCAACCCAAGAUGACCGUCCAGAUCUGGGGUGCGACGGCAGGAGGAGCCUACAAUGACUGGAAGAAGUUGGCUGACAUUCCAAACUCUGCGGGUGAGCCGUUAGUCGACGAAGAGAGGCUGGAUAAGUUCAAUGUCUUGAGCUUGUUUAUCAGGCAAGGUGGUCCUUUCGGGACGAGGAAGGUACAGGUUUGGGACUUCGCGCUCGCACCUUGA